AGUCAUGGCGUCCCCCUGUGAACCUAGACGCAACGUGAUCGCUCGCUAAAAUGAGCAACUUUUGGUUUAUUUGGACAGCCAACAUCGAUAUCAUCUAAUUUCAACACAUUCUACUGGGAAAAUACGUUUCCACUCCGCGACAUUUUCGUUCACAGGUUUCAUAUUUUGUGAUCACCACAGGCAUGGCUUCAUUUAAACCUACGAAAAUCCCAGUCUAUCCCAGACUUGGAGAGAAGGUCACACAAGACACGCUGUACUGGAAGAACUACAAGGCUCCAGUCCAGAUAAAAGAAUUUGGAGCAGUCACAAACAUAGACUUUUCCCCUGUGGCUCCACAUAAUUUUGCAGUGACAGCUUUCACAAGAAUCCACGUUUACGGGCCGUUCUCCCAGGAGCCUGUGAAGACAUUUACACGCUUUAAGGACACUGCAUACAGUGGAAGGUUCAGGUCAGAUGGUCAGCUGCUCGUGGCGGGAUGUGAGGACUCUGUGGUCCGGCUGUUUGAUGUCAGCGGCAAGGUGGCACUCAGGAUGUUCAAAGGGCACACAAAGGCUGUACAUGUAACAGACUUCACCUCGGACCGUUACCAGAUCCUCACGGGGUCAGACGACUACACCUGUCGACUUUGGGACAUCCCAAAUGCCACAGAGCUGAGCACCUACCAGGAGCACACAGAUUACAUACGCUGUGGUGUUACGAGCAAACUGAACAGAGAUCUCUUCAUUACAGGAUCAUAUGACCACACACUGAAACUGUUUGAUGCCAGAACGGAUAAAAGUGUGAUGACCAUGGACCAUGGCCAGCCAGUGGAGAGUCUGCUUCUCUAUCCUUCUGAGGGUCUCCUUGUCUCUGCAGGAGGCCGCUAUGUGAAAGUGUGGGAUCUGCUAAAAGGAGGCCAGCCUCUGGUGUCCCUGAGGAACCAUCACAAAACUGUCACCUGUUUGUGUCUAAGCAGCAACGGACAGAGACUGCUGUCAGCUUCUCUGGACAGGCAUGUAAAGGUGUACAACACAACCAACUAUAAGGUUGUACAUAACUUUGACUACGCUGCCUCCAUCCUCAGUCUGGCUUUGGCUCCGGAUGAUGAGUCCAUUGUCGUGGGCAUGACCAACAGUAUUCUGAGUAUAAAACACAGAAAAAGCCCUGAAGAGUCAAAGGAAAUCUCUGGCCAACAGAGGCGAAGACCAUCAUAUCGCUUUUUUGUGAAGGGGAAGAACUACAUCCCUAAACAGGAUGAUUAUCUCGUCAGUAAGCCGGUGAAACAGCAUUUGGCCAAAUAUGACAAGCACCUCAAGAAAUUUAAUGUAUCCAAGGCUUUGGAUACAGCUCUGGAGACAUGGACAAGAUUCAGAAAACCAGAGAUCACAGUUGCUGUUGUAAAGGAGCUAGAUCGAAGAGGAACGCUAAAGAACGCUCUGGCAGGACGGGAUGAAGAGGGGCUCUCUCGGUUGCUCAACUUCCUCAUAGGGAACUUGGUUGACCCCAGGUUUGCUCCUGUCCUUUUAACAGCGGCUGAGAUGAUCCUGGACAUCUAUCAGUCAGAAAUCGGCCAGUCACCAGUCGUGGACCGGCAGCUGCUGCGUCUGCAGGACCUGCUAGAGAGAGAGCUCGACUACCAGAAGAACCUUCUGGAGGUGUUGGGCAUGUUGGACACAAUGUUCGCCUCUGCUCUGCCAAGGAAGGAAGUGCCAUGCUCUGCCGUCAGCAGAUCUAAUGGGCUGGCUCAGGGGGAAGUAAGACUACAGCCUCAGGGCACCUGAGGCCUGUAGGGGUGAAAAAAACUGCUUUAGACUGGGUUAGAGUACCUUUACAGGUGUCAGGCAGAUGACAUGUCAGGCUGCGUGUCAUCAAACAAACAUUUUGGUCACUCUGGUGUUUUUAACUCAGCGUGGCUGACAACACAACAGACAACAAAGAGAACAUGCAUUUACUGUAUGAGAAAUCUCUGAAUGUGUGGAUGUAAAGCAAGGUAUUGCUUUUAUUGGAAGUCUUGUAAUUACACUUUCAAUUGUAUGUGUGUGUGUGUGCGUGCGUGCGUGUGCGUGUGCGUGUGUGCACUCUUGUGCGUUUGAAAGAUUUCACUGUGAAUGUCUGCUUUGUGUUUUCAUAAUAUUUGGCGUUGACAAAUGUUUUAUAAGCAGAUAAAAAUAAAUCUUUGUAAUACUUAACCUAACAAAUCAGAAUUGUGUUCAAAAAGUGUGAAAAACUGGUUCAGCUCAGUGCUCAUGUACAGUGUAUGUAAGCAUUGAAUAAAUUAUAACAGGUAAUGUGGUUGUUACUGCUCAUAAGGGCACUUUUAACUGUAUAUUAGUGUAGAGUGUUUGUCAACAGUCAUAACAUCUUCUAUGAAGACAUUUUAUAUUACAAUUGUUUUACUAUAUUUUCAUUAAUUAUGUCUUUAUACACCAGCUCCCACUCACAUGAGUUA